AUGGAAUGCGUAGCAGCUGCAACAGGAGCUGAAUAUGCAACAGCAAUCCAAGGUCGCAUACCCAGACGGAAACUAAGCUCCCACUCACGGUACUCCGUCCGACUAGUUCCGGGUUCGAAUCCCAGGCCUUUUACUCUCUUACUCUCCAUUGAUGAAAGGAAGAAACCGCGGCCCAAAAGGGAUUGUAUUUCCCCAUCUCUCGCCCUUGUUGACGAUCCUUUACUCCGACAGAACACCGAAGACGACGCAACACUCCUCUCACCAGGUCAGGAAGACGAAGACGGGAAGACGACAAAACUUGACGAAGACGAAGGUUGUCGGGUCGGUCUGAAAAGGGUUUGGCACCGUCGGUUCAGAGAAGUAGAUUACGACAUGUCCGAAUCAUCGAACACUAGUGGUUUAUGGGAAUGUUGGUGUGGAAAAAGGGCCAAAAUUGUGACAUCAUGGACGGUCGAUAACCUGGGAAGGAGAUUUCAGACUUGCGCCAUCGGAAAGGUAUGCCGUUGGGCUGCACAUAUUGAUCAUGGCUGGACCCUCCUAUGUGUGAACGGUCUCAAAGAAUUAUCCCGGAGGGUCAAUGCACUAGAGGCAAGGAAUGAUAACUUGAAGGAACAGAAUACGAAUUUGCAGGAAAGGGUGGAACACUUACAAGCAUUGAACAAUACGCUGGUAGCA